CUAACCAAUAGGAAGCAAGCGCCCAGUCCACGUCGAACUCUCGCAUCCAUCCCAAACAGGAGGAGGACCACAACCUGCAAUUGUCUGUCUGCGAAGUCAGAAACGGAGUAUAUUUCAUAUAUAAACUGAAUGUGUUGAAGGAGAACAUUUGAUUACAUACCGCAGUCGAUUAAAGUCGAUUUUUUUUGUUUAAUUCAAAUAAUGUUGUGUGCGCAGAACGCCUGAUUUCUUUGAGCGAUAAGAAAAAGGUAGAAUUAUUAAUAAAACCUAUAAUUUGCUAUAAUUUGCUUGUUUAUCAUUCAAGCAGAUAGGAAGAGAACACUCCUGGCCUGUGAAUACAAAGGACGCUGUCAUUGGAUUUGUUCUACUCCAGACAGGAGUGCCAUUCCUACUCCCGGUAUUUCAGACAGGCUUACUGACUGUCAAGGUUGUUCACCGGCACCGCACUGCCACCGACUCGACCAGACCUGAACAUUGGCUUGAUUGUAUGCUCAGGACGCAUCGAUGGGGAAGGACGCCGCAAGAGCAGAGUGGGACAAUCCCAUGCAAUUUGUCCUGGCCUGUGUAUCGUACGCGGUUGGACUGGGAAAUGUGUGGCGAUUUCCAUACUUGUGUCAAAUGCAUGGCGGGGGUGGGUUCCUGAUCCCAUACAUGCUCAUGCUGGUCCUGUUGGGGGUACCCCUGUUCUACAUGGAGUUAGCCAUUGGCCAGAAGAUGCGUCUGGGCAGCAUUGGAGCAUGGAGAGCUAUUAGCCCCUAUCUGGGGGGAGUGGGUAUGGCCAGUGUUGUGACCUCCAUGUACCUAUGCCUCUAUUACAACGUCAUCAAUGCAUGGAGUUUCUGGUACCUCUUUCAUUCAUUCCAGUCGAUCCUGCCAUGGGCAGAGUGCCCGGUUAACAGCAACCUGACCGGCCCUGUGGAGGAGUGUGAGCGGGCCACGCCCACCCAGUACUUCUUCUACAGAGAGACCCUGGACAUCUCCGGGUCCAUCGAGGAGAACGGAGGGAUUCACAUGGGACAGGCGCUCUGCCUCCUGCUGGCCUGGAUUAUUGUCUACCUGUUCAUCGUCAAGGGAGUCAAGUCCACCGGGAAGGUGGUGUACUUCACAGCCACAUUCCCCUACCUGGUCCUCAUCAUCUACCUCAUCCGUGGGGUCACCCUUCACGGAGCCAUCAACGGUGUAAAGUACAUGUUCACACCCAAGAUGGAACAGCUGGCUAAACCCACCACGUGGAUCAAUGCGGCCACUCAGAUCUUCUUCUCUCUGGGCCUGGGCUUUGGAUCCCUCAUCGCCUUUGCCAGCUACAACCAGUACAACAACAACUUUGAGAAGCAGGCCAUCGUCGUGUCCAUGGUCAACAGCGGCACCUCCAUCUUUGCCAGUAUCGUCACCUUCUCCAUCUAUGGCUUUAAGGCGACCUUCAACUACGAGAGCUGCCUGGAGAGGGUGCGACUGCUGCUCCUGAACACCUUUGAUCUAGCGGAGGACACCAUCAGUCUGGAGAAUGUCAACCACUGGAUCGCUGAGCUGAAUAGGACACACCCAGAACAGUUUGCCAGUCUGGGAGGUAGGCUGGAGACCUGUGACCUAGAGGCUGAACUAGACACGGCUGUUGAGGGUACAGGCCUGGCCUUCAUAGUGUACAGUGAGGCCAUUAAGAACAUGCCCGUGUCUCAGCUGUGGUCUGUGCUCUACUUCAUCAUGCUGCUGCUGCUGGGCAUGGGCAGUAUGCUGGGCAACGUCAUCGCCGUCAUCACCCCCCUCAGUGACUUGAAGUUCAUCAGCCACUACAUGAGCACCAAAACACUCAAUGGUCUGGUGUGCCUAUUCUGCCUGCUGCUUGGCCUGGGCUUCACCACCCGCUCUGGGAACUACUGGUUCACCAUGUUCAACGACUAUGGAGCCACCUUCUCUCUGCUCUUCAUCGUCCUUGUUGAAGUUAUCACCGUCUGCUACAUAUAUGGCAUCAAAAGGUUCGAGAAGGAUGUAGAAGACAUGUUAGGUCAUCGUCUUAAUUGGUACUGGAAGAUCAUGUUGGCAGGAGUCAGUCCCAUCCUCCUCAUUGCCCUGUUCAUCUUCUACAUCGUCAACUACAUCCAGGGAGGAACGCCCACAUACCAGGCCUGGAACAAAGAACUGGGGAAGUCUGUGGUGACGGAGUAUCCUCCCUACGCCCAAGCCUUCAUCGGCCUCCUCCUAGCCUCCUCUGUCUGCUGUAUCCCUUUGACGGCCCUCUACACCUACUGUAAGAAGAGGAACCUGGCCAGUGGGAAGAGAGAGCGCACUGUCAGCACUGUGUCAGCGUAAAGACCGACGUAUUGGUUGACAGACAGAGUGACACAAGGCAGAUCUGCUACAUUACGGCUCUGAGACUGACUGGACCCGCUAGUUAUAGGAUCGACAGCCUACCUUACGUAUCAUGGCUGUCUUAACAGAACAGUACCUCACUCUCCUGGUGCAGUGGUUCAUGCCACACCACAAACCAAAGGCCCUCUUUCUCCCCCCGGGGCAGGCUGGCUCUGUCACUGUGCUGCUAGUGGACAGACCGCCAGAUUUGUAUCUAGUAUUAGGCCUAGUCGUCCUUUGACAACUAACAUUUACUGGGUGAUAUUAACUUUUGUAUUUUGUAGCUGUGGUUCUGAGCAGGGCUUAGAACUACGUCCAAAAUAUUUCAGAAGUGAAGAACGAACAAAUACUCUUGUCAAUGGUUUAUUGCAUUGUUUAAAGGCCCAGUGCAGUAAAAAACGUGAUUUCCUGAGUUUUAUACAUAUUUCUAGGCUAUGAGGUUGGAAUAAUACUGUGAUAUUGGGAAAAUUAUUAUAAUCCCCUUUUAGUGUAAGAGCUGUUUGGUGGGAUGGAGCGUGGUAAAUUAGUUAAUAGACCAAUAAGAAAGAGAGAUCCAAACCUCUGCAUAUAACAGCUUAGUUUUCUGUUUUCUCCUCCCCACUCAGAUCACUCCAAGACAGUCCUAGCAAAAUUCUUGCCUGAGAAAUUGCUCUUUGCUAAGUAGCUAUUUUCGUUUAUUUUUGACCAUUUUAAAUUAAAACAAUCACAGUAAGGUACUUAAUUGUAACCCAUCAAUUAUUUGAUAUUGAGAUAAAAAUGGCUGCAUUGGACCUUUAAUGUUAGCUAUCAGUCACAGAUUUUUGAGACACAGUGUGUCAACCCUCUUUAUUUAAAGCGCCACAAAAUGUUUAAGAUAUUUUUCCCUUAAAUGUCAUUAUGGUGAAGUAUGUUGUAUCCCAUUGGUUUACUGUAGCUAUUCUGUAGAUUACUCAAUGAGUUGUGAGAUAUGUUGAGUGCCUGGAUGUACAAGGCAGACCUUUGUCUGACUCGGUUAUGACUGAAUACAGUCUGACUGGUGUCAAAUGACCAAGAACAACUUGUAGCAAUAGCUGUAUGUUUGCAAACAUACUGAUAAUUUCACAUAUAACGAACAAAUCUCUAUGACCAGGACCAAGACCAUAUCUAUACCUAUGGGCUUUGUUGUCAAUUCCCCAUUAGUGACUUCUAACCAGGAUCGUACUCAGUAGGGUGCAAUGUAACAGAAUGUUCAGAUACAUAUAUAUUUUGUAGAACAUACAAUAUUUUCUGUCUAAUGGAAUUGGAAAUCAUGUCAGCUCUAUAGGAAGCAUUUCUUUCUGCAACAUUCCCAGAACGUUUCACCUCCUGAAUGCGUGAAAGUAUCUGUGCUCUUCUAAAUAGAAAGUACUGUAGUGUUGCACUGCUGUUAUAGAAUCCAUAUCAACUGGACUUAGGAUACAGCCCAAUGGCUAUGCACCAAUGUGCUGUGCAUAUUCACAAACAAAAACACAAUGUAGGCCUACUCUUUUUACAGUCAAAUGUAUGGGUUUGCACAGAAAUAAUUGCCAAACAUCUUGUAAUACUGUGAGCAUUUUUAAUGUGAACAAUUUGAAACAAUAACAAGGGCGCAACUUUCACUGGGGACGGGGUGACAUGCCCCCCCAUAAUCUGAAAUUGCAUUUUUGUCCCCUGCCGGUUUUGUCAUUGGAAUGUGAUACAAAAUGAGGGAACUGUGUGCUUUAGGACCAUGCAGAGGCCUCCGAGUGGUCGGGUAGGUGUUUAUUAUGUUGAGUACAGGUUGGUGUUAGUGUGAACCAAGUAUUGGUGUGAACAAUUAUUAUUUUAACUGUUCAUAUGUGUGAUGUGUUCAUAUUUUAUAAGUAGUAUUUUCUAUGGUGAAAUUAUUUAAGACAUGAAGACAUUUUAACCAUUGGUAUGACUGAACAAGUUACACAUACAGCAGCCAGCCUGUUGCAAACCAGGCAUGUCAUUCAGUCCUACAAGCUAGUAUCCAACAAGGAUGACACAUUUCAAUGGCGUGAAAUCUGGAUUUUUUAAGUGCUUGGUUUGACAAGCUUUGUACUUUAUAAUACCAUUGGAUGUAUAGACCACAGAACUAUAGUGAACAAAAAUAUAAACGCAACAUGCAACAAUUUCAAAGAUUUUACCGAGUUACAGUUCAUAUAAGGAAAUAAAUAAAUUAGGCCCUAAUCUAUGUACUUCAUAUGACAUAUGACUGGGCAAGGACACAGCCAUGGGUGAGCCUGGGAGGGUAUAGGCCCACUACUGGGGAGCCAGGCCCAGCCAAUCAGAAUGAGUUUUUCCCCACAAAAGGGCUUUAUUACAGACAGAAAUUCUCCUCAGCAUUGCCUCAGACAAUCCCGCAAGUGAAGAGGCCGGAUGUGGAGGUCCUGACUAGCGUGGUUACACGUGGCCUGCGGUUGUGAGGCUCAUUGGACCUACUGCCAAAUUCUAUAAAAUGACGUUGGAUGCGGCUUAUGGUAGAUAAAUGGACAUUACAUUCUCUGGCAACAGCUGUGGUGGACAUUCCUGCAGUGAGCAUACCAAUUGCAUGCUCCCUCAAAACUUGAGACAUCUGUGACAUUGUGUUGUGAGACAAAACUGCACAUUUUAAAGUGGCUUUUUAUUGUCCCCAGCAAAAGGUCCAACUGUGUAAGGAUCAUGCUGUUUAAUCAGCUUAUUGAUAUGCCAGAACUGUCAGGUGGAUGGAUUAUAUUGGCAAAGGAGAAAUUCUCACUAACAGUGAUGUAAACACAUUUGAGCACAUUCGAGAGAAAUAAGCUUUUUUUUUGCAUGUGGAAAAUAUCUGGGAUCGUUUAUUUCAGCUCAUGAAACGUGGGACCAACACUUUACAUGUUGCGUUUAUAUUUAGGUCCAGUAUAGUAUGGGCCAUCUGAGAACCACCUGCAUGAAAUAGCGUGUUUGUCUGAAGUUAAGCACUUUUUUUCCUCUGUCAAAGACUGGAAUGUAGUCUUGUCUUCAGCCUAGUGAGCUGAGGUUUAAGGCUGAAUAUAACAGGGUCAUUCUACAAAUAUUUUUGAUAUUUCAAGUAGACAUUUUAAAGCCUGCUACAUUAAAUGAAGUGCCCUUUAAUACAAACUACAUGGAAAAUGUAAUAUAUCCUAUUUUUAUAUAUGAAUAAAUUCUCACUAAAGUGCCAAAAAUUGUCAUUUUGAAAUGGCCCACAUCAUGUUUUUCUGACUUCUCUGAAGAUUUUAACACACAACCCCAAAAUGUCCCUCCCAUGUCACUGUAAAGCCUGAGAUAUUUUCUUGCAUUAGUGAUUAAUUUACAUUUGUCUCACAUUUUAAGGUCAACCCUGUUAUGUAAACUAGACACAUUUUAAUAUGCUGAAAGUAUUUCUAUUAAAUUAUAUAUUUUUAAAGAAAUACUGAACAGGGAGCAUGCUCCCGAGUGGCACAGCAGUCCCGAGUGGUGUAGUGGUCUAAGACACUGUAUCUCAGUUCUAGAAGUGUCACUACAGACACCCUGUUUCAAAUCCAGGCUGUGUCACAAACAGCCAUAACUGGGAGUCUCAUAGGGCAGUGCACAAUUGGCCCAGCAUCAUCUGACUUUGGCUGGUGUAGGCUGUCAUUGUAAAUAAGAAUUUGUUCUGACUUGUCUAGCUAAAUAAAGGUUAAAAAAAUAAAAAAAAAUUAAAAAAUUAGCGUUGAGCAUAACACUUCAUGCCUGCUACCCAUACAUGGGCUAGAAAUGUUUUAACAUGUUUUGUUUUGUUAAGCUUGUAGGGGGUUAUAGCUGAUUUAAGAUAAAAUUGUCCAUCCUGUUACGGUCAACCCUGUUACUUUAAUUGCCAUUUUUUCUUAAUUUGACCUCUUGAUUGGGAAAAACAUGUUUUUUAUGAAUUGAAACGUUUGCUCCUUCUGACAGAAUGAUAAUAUAAAAUAUGUUUUUUUUUACAGAAUAACACUACCCAAAUGUCACUCUUUUUGUGGAGCAAACCAAAGGGUAAUAUAAACAGGAAAGUGUUUUCUCCCAAAUCGCAAUAGCCAGUAAUAGUUCCAUACUUCCAAUAGAAUGACCAAGGUCCACCUUUUCAGUAGAAAUUCAUUUUGUGUAUAUGAGAUAGACUAGUUAUAUUUGCAAUAUCUGUAGUCUUUUUCAAGAUCUGUAUGGAAUUAAAAGCAUUUAGUACUA